AUGCGUCUCAUCAUCGUCGUUGCUCUUCUCGUCGCCGUCGUCGUCUCACAGGCUCAAGAAUCGGAUGCCUACGGAAAUGCCGGUCUCGCCGAUUUCACUGAUGGCAAUCGGAUCAACAACUAUGGGAAUGCGCGACUCGACAACGGAAUUCCAGACGAACCCGAAGAUGCUGAAACUCGUGCUCAAAAGCGCAAAUUGGAGCGCAAGUUCCUGCGCCGUAUCUUGCCGGCGAUCCGCAACAUCGGCGAACUGCUCUUCGGAUAA